UGUCGGUGGCGGGGCUGAAGAAGCAGUUCCACAAAGCCAGCCAGCUAAUUAGUGAAAAAAUAAGUGGCAUCGAAGGAACGAAACUAGAUGACGAAUUUCUUGACAUGGAAAGGAAAGUAGAUGUCACCAAUAAAGCGGUUGCAGAAAUUCUUACAAAAGCCACAGAAUAUCUUCAGCCAAAUCCAGCAUACAGAGCUAAGCUAGGGAUGCUGAACACUGUGUCGAAGAUCCGAGGGCAGGUGAAGACCACCGGGUACCCGCAGACCGAAGGCUUGUUGGGCGACUGCAUGCUGAAGUACGGCAGGGAGCUCGGGGAAGGCUCCACCUUCGGCAGCGCACUCAUAGAAGUCGGCGAAUCCAUGAAGCUGAUGGCCGAGGUGAAAGACUCCCUUGAUAUCAGUGUGAAGCAAACUUUUAUCGACCCACUUCAGUCACUGCAAGACAAAGAUUUAAAAGAGAUUGGGCACCACUUGAAGAAGCUGGAGGGCCGCCGGCUGGAUUACGAUUAUAAAAAGAAACGAGUAGGUAAGAUACCAGACGAAGAAAUCAGACAAGCGGUAGAAAAAUUUGAAGAGUCCAAGGACUUGGCUGAAAGAAGCAUGUUUAAUUUUUUAGAAAAUGAUGUCGAGCAAGUCAGCCAGUUGGCCGUGUUUAUAGAGGCCGCCUUAGAGUAUCACAGGCAGUCCACGGAGAUUCUGCAGGAGCUCCAGAGCAAGCUGCACAUUCGAAUUUCGGCUGCGUCGUCCCUGCCCAGACGGGAGUACAAGCCGCGGACACUGAAGAGGAGUUCCAGUGAGCUCAACGGGGUGUCUGCCACCUCGCUGACAAAGACCACAGGUUUUACGGUUCCCCUGGACCAGCCCUGCUGCCGUGGCCUCUAUGACUUCGAGCCAGAAAACCAAGGAGAAUUAGGAUUUAAAGAAGGGGACAUCAUUACCUUGACCAAUCAGAUAGAUGAGAACUGGUAUGAAGGGAUGCUGCACGGGGAGUCCGGAUUCUUCCCCAUUAACUAUGUUGACGUGAUUGUGCCUUUACCUCAGUAAACGUGUAACUCAAGA